UGCGAAAAGCCGGUCGGGGGUUCCAGGUCCAUGAAACAAAUCUCCUCUUGUCUCCUUAAAAAUCCGUUGUCUUGGCUUUCGUUCUUUCGGUCAACGUUCUUUUGGUCAAUUGUGUUAUUUGACGGCUUCCUUCGUCAACACUUUCUGUUGUUGAUGUCGUUGUCGUCGUUGUCCUACGUCUCAAUGCUGCAACAUUGAUGGCUGAUGCUGGACUACUUCUACACAUGCGCUGCGAUGCAUUUAGUCACUGAUGCAGGUCCAGACGACGGACGACGGACGACAAUGAGCAAAAAGGAAACAACAACAACAAAAAAAAAAAAAAAAAAAAAAAAAAAAAAAAAAAAAAAAAAAGACAAAAAAAAUUCAAUCAGAGCAACCAACAAAUGGGAUGUAGGACUGCCUGCCGCCGCCGGGAAUGCGUGCAUCAAAGCCAACACAAUGCGUUACUAUUUCCAGAAGUCGACAAAACCACUCAAUUGACGACGGAUGUGGUGCGACGAUGAAUCAAUCAGUCACUGGCUCAGAAUGCAGGCCUUUCCUGAAUUUACUGCCAACAUGUUUGGACGACCAAUCAAUUCAAGCAAAACUCCCCCUUUUCGGUUUCAGUACAGUUCGUUGAGCGAGUACAAAAGUUACAAGGUGCCGCGAUAGACUGGAGCAUAUCAUCCGUAUAAGAGAGCAUUACCACGGUUCCAAGAUGUGUGUCAAUGAGUACCUCUAAGUAAGGACUUGCAGUCGGUGUAUUUGUCUUUGAUGGAAAUCGAGGUCGAUCUUGAUGCCGUCCUGGUUGGUAAAGUUCACAAACACCGACAAACAACAACAACAAUCAAAAUCAGCCCUAUCAGCAUUGCCUCUCCACCUGCUGUGCAGUUGGCAGCUUUGGAGACAGCUGUACCCCAUCGCAUCGUUUUGUUUUGACGUUGAACCUGUCGAUGCACUGCAGUGCAGUACUGGCACUUCUCCUCCCAUUCUGCAUUCUUCGUUGGCUACCAAAACCUGCCUGCACACUGCAUGAAUCUCGGUCGGUCGGUCGCGACAUCCAUUGGCGAUGCGCGACCCAAUAAAACGAACGAUGCGAAAUCAAUCAAGAAAGACCAGACCACUGAUGAAUCCCAAAACAAUGUGCGACGACGAGUAAAAAAAGCGGCCCUACAAGCCCUAUCCCCUCAUUCCUCCUAUGGCUUCCCCUCCGCUGUCGAAUGGCCUCACCCACCUACAUGGGACGAGAAUGUGGUUCGUGGUGUGACCGUGACGGUGGCGUGUCGUCAUCAGACCACCCACCAACUCACCCCGACGAAAGAUACCACCACCCAAUGGAACAUUCAGCUGCCUUAUACGUAUCGAGCUCGCAACCCGGGAGCUUCUAGAAUAUUGCAUACAUUGCCUUGUGAAAUAAAUAAAGAUGGGGAUAGAACCGCGAUGCUUUUACAAAAGGGUAGAUAUUUGGAGUAACCAAGCACGACUGAUUGUCAGACAUACCUGUACAGCAACAACGACGAUUGAACAUACAUCACCAUGGGCGAAGAAACUACCUCUAGAGGUAACGAUACCGAUUCCGCUGAAUUGACGCCGCCGUCCGAGUUCCUUGCGCCAUGUCCCAAAUUCCGGGUCUUGGUCCUGGGAAACCCCGAGUCAACCAAGCAGGAGCUGUUUUCGCGCGUGUUUGGUGUUGAUCUUGAAAAGAAACUAGUCUCCGACGCCUUCUCCGCCACCCACGACAUCAACCACCCCCUCGACCUCCAAGGCCAAAACAAGCGCGUCGAAAUCUUUUCCUCCCCCAACUUCUUCUUCCCCCCUCCCCCCCCUCCCGAAUCAGGCGAAGACGGUAGUGGUGACCCGUCGUACAUCCUCGCCUACGCCACCCUCCGCAUCGUCACCGACUUCAUCAAGGCCCACACCUCUUCUGAUACCGACGCCCCGCUCCACGCAAUCUGGUACUGCGUCUCGUCCGCCGACCCCGACCGCCCGAUAUCGGCCGUCGAGCAGUACUUUUUCGACCACCUCUCGGGCAUCGUACCGCGCCAUAUCCCCGUGUUGUUGCUGUUUACCAAGUACGAUGAGUUCGUCAGUCAGGUGCAGAUGGACUGGAUCAAGUCUGCGCAGGAAAAGGGCAUGUCGAAGGUGGCUGUGGCGCACAUCUUGCGGGACUUGGUAUAUAAGCGGUUUGAAGAUACCAUUGGGAAGAAGUGGGGACAGCUUUUGAAGAGCGUGGAUAGCGGGUUGGUGUUGGAGCAGGCGAGGAGGGAUAGUGGGUUUGGGUAUAGUUUUGGGUUUGGGUAUGGCGGCUCGGAUCGGAAGGAUGUGUUGCAUUUAGAUGAUGGGGGGGUUGAAGAAGGUGGGAAGAAAAGGGAGGUGGUGAGGGUGCUGGUGGGCGGAGGGGGAGAGUCGGAGCAGGAUUGGGGAGGGGAGCCGGCGUGGGGAGAGGAGUUGGCGGGGGUGGAGGAAGGGGGGUAUGGAGAGUUGGUCAAGAGGACGUUGGACGGGUUGAAGGAGUCCAAGGAGGUGAGGAGGGCGUUUGCGGCUGCGCAGAGGUGCUCGGCUGGUGUUUCGAGCGAGUUCGCAGCAGAACUGGCAUCCACCUACUUUGACGUCGACACCGGACACGCCCGCAAGCUCCACGGCGUCGACGUGCGCGACAUCAUGCCCGACUUCUACGCCAAAGCCGUCCAGCUCUUCAACCUGCGCGACGUCUCGGCCGUGCUCGAGGACCCCAACCUCCUGGUGCGCAUCCUCGAAGCCACCUUUGGCGUGGACCAGCGCAUCCUCGUCGACGACUCCCUCUCGCACUCCUCCACCGAACCCAGCAUCUUCCUCGGCCUCUCCCCGCACGAGCGCGCCGUCCUGCUGGCCCAAGGCAUGGCGGCCGUCAUCCUGUUCCUACACAAGCUCGCUGACGUGCAAUGGCCCCAUCGCGACAACAGUCGUGGCGUCUUGCCGCCCGCCACCAUAACCGCUAAGGACGUGCAGCGCGUCAUUGACGAGAUUGAGCGGGGGACUGAGAAGCGGGAGUUGUUAGAGGAGAUUGAGAGCAGUCCGAUUUUCACGAGCUGUCGGAUGCGCAAAGAGGUGGCGGAUUUGAUUUACGGGGCCGUGGAAAAGGCGGAUAAAGGCGCGGCGUCGCAUUAUACACGGGAGGCGAGGGGCAAGGGCACGGUCAUGGUGGAUGAUUCGGAUUUGCAGGAGAUCAGCCUGUCGUUUGUGAAUGAUAAGGGACCCGAUGAUAUGGUGCUGCCGAAUGGGUUGAGGAUAUUGCCGUUGAACUGACGGAUGGAAUUUGGAAAAAGGACUGGCAUCGAAUGGUGCAAUUGGAAAAGGUUUGGUUGGAUGUCAUGAUUGGAAACAUAAUUGGGGAAGGCGUUUGGGGGAUCGAUCGAGUGGUUUGUUCGAAUGAUGAAGUGACAAUAUUCAACUGAAACAGGGUCAAAAAGGUGAAGACGACUUCGUUGUUUUCAGAAAAAAAAGGACCAUCAUCAAAUCAGGAUCGAGUGACAGGUAGAAAAACGAAAAAAAGAAGGUCUCUCCCGCCGGGAAUUGAACCCGGGUCUCGAGCGAAUCGAACUGAUGUUCAAGCUUGACAAGCUCACAUACUGACCACUAUACUACGGAAGACUCGCAGGUGUGUGCACCUGCCGUAGCUAAUUGUUGCAAGGGAGCCCAGCCGGUGCCCCUAUAUGUCUGUACUGAGCCAAUCCAAUUUCCCGUUCUAGUA